UAUAACUCGAAUUUUGAAUGAGCGGUUACGUUCAUCAAAGCAAGUUAUAAAAUAAAAAUAAAAAAAGUGUACAGCAAGCUGUCUAAUAUAAUUUAUUUGGCUCGCUAGUUUUGUUUGUAUACAAAACUGUGUCCUUAUACAUUUCUUAUACUUAAAUUGUGGUAUGGAUUCUCCGAAGACACCUCCUGAGUUUGAGCCAAUCCAGGUCGACCACUAUUGGGGUCACGUGCAUCAUGUCACGGCUCUUCUGGUGCUGAACAACGGCUCCUGCGUCAUCACAGGCUGCGCAGACGGAAUAAUCAGGGUCUUCAUGAAGGACAAACCCCACACUCUAGUAGCACAAGUGAAAGUACACCUUGAAGGUCAAGUCAACUGUCUGACUACUUCUGAAAACGACUCACUUAUCGCCUCGGCUGGUCACGACCGCGCCAUUGCUUUGAUACGAUUUGCAGAUAUGACAGUGCUGAAAACUUUCAAAAAUCACAGGAAACAAAUUACAGACGUGAAGAUUUCGAAAGACGUGAAAACUUUGUGCUCAGUUGGAUGGGAUAAGCGAAUCAAUUUAUAUGACAUUCAGAAAUUGAGAAAAAUACUGACGCUCACAAUAGAUGGGACCCCGCUCAGCUGUUGUGCGUUUUCCUUCAAAAACAAUAUGGUGGCCACCGGAACAUGGGGAGGACUUGUUAAAGUGUUUCCUGUGAACAAACUGCCCAAAAUAACAGAAGAAGACGCAACUACUCUGAACGAUCACAAGUCUAAGAUCACAUCAAUUGCAUUCUCUAGAGCAGGCAUGAUGGCGACUGGUUCAUACGAUAGCCAAGUGCACAUUUACCACUACAGGGGUUUCUACUCUCUCUUCAGUUUCUGCCCAGAUGGGGGGUGGGUCCGCAGCAUGGCCUUUUCCCCUGACAGCCUCCUAUUGGCCACGUUGACGGACGCUGACUUCAUGGUGAAGUGCUGGGAUGCUGUAACACAGGAACUAGAAUUCAGCUAUCAGGUCCAAACUGAAGAUCUGUUGCUGUGUACUUUCCUGAAUGACGGGCGACUCAUUGCUGCUGGCAGUUCACCCAGCUGAAUCGAACCAUUGGAUUGACUUUUUCAAAACUUUUCCCACUAAUUUCAACUUGGUUCCAGUUUAAGUCCUUUUAUUUAAUUAAUUCUCAUUCGAUAAAUUGUUCUUCAUCAACUGA